AUGAAAUUCUACCAAUUUCAUAAGGACAUAGGGCGUACAACCGAAGAAUGUCGUCAGUUGAAAGACAAGAUAGAGAGCCUUAUCUCACGCGGUUAUUUCCAACAGUAUGUAAGACAACAAGGUAAUGGACAAAACCAACCGAAUCCUCCCAAUAACCCAAGAAACCAAAGAUUACAACCUCCUCCUGUAGAAGGAGAGGACAUUUUGGUCAUCUCAGGAGGGUCGCAUCUCGCUGGAGAAAGCAGUAAUGCCCAAAAGAGAUAUGUCAGUGAAAUAAAAAACGAGCGAUCAGUUUUUGCUCUGGAAUCUUCUAAGAAAGUCAAGACUGAAGAACCUCCAAUUGUAUUUUUGGAGGAAGACACAAAGAACGUGAGGUAUCCACACGUCGAUCCUCUCGUCAUUACAAUUCAGCUCACCAACAAAAGAGUAAAAAGAGUAUUGGUGGACAACAGAAGCUCUAUAAAUAUCCUUUACAAGGAUACAUUGAGGAAAAUGGGAUUGCAAAAUGCAAAAUUAAAAUCUUGUAUGAUCAAGAUGCAUGUCCCAGAUCAGGAGCAUACAAGUUUCGUAACCAACAUGGGACUUUAUUGGUACAAAGUCAUGCCAUUUGGUUUGAAGAAUGCUGGGGUAACAUAUCAGUCACUAGUAAAUGGAAUGUUCGAAAAACAAAUAGGGAAGAACAUGGAAGUCUACGUCAACGAUAUGUUGGUAAAGUUGAUAAAGUGUGAAGAUCACACAAAGGACCUAGCGGAGUGUUUUGAAAUACUCAAAAAGUACAACAUGAAACUUAACCUAAAGAAGUGUUCCUUUGGAGUCUCUUUGGGGAAGUUUUUAGGAUUCAUAGUUAACGCGAGGGGAAUUGAAGCGAAUCUUGAAAAAUUAAGGCUUUGA